AUGGGUCUCCUCCGGAGUUGGCUCCUUCUCGCCAUCACGUCCGGCCCCGCAUGGAGCACUACCUCCAACAGAGGGGCCGAAGUCGACCUGAUUUUCCCUCGCAAUGAGAGUUUUUCGCCUUCGCACCUGAUGCCUAUCGUCUUCGCCGUCCAGAAUCCGAACCUCCUGUCUAGCCUGAGACCGAUCCUUAGCUAUAGAGUUUCUCAGCUAAACGUCAGUCCCCUUGAUCGCAUCAGGAAGGGAGAUUUGAUCCGGUUGUUUGAGCACAAUCUCACCGAUGUUGCCGAUCCAUACUUGCUCUACUGGAGCAUCGAUCUGGCGGUUGAGGGGACCUUCAAAUUCACCUGGCAGCUCACCCUGGAUAACUGCUCGUAUAACGCGGAUAUCGACAAAAUCGACGGGCAUGUGUUUGGAGGACAACUCAUGCAGUUCUCCUUCUCUACAAAGCAGGGCGCCGCGCCACCAGACCUGGUUGCCUUCGCCGAGGAGGAGACCUGUAAUCGGACCCUCGCACAGGCAGUACAUGUUCCGAGUGCUCUGGAGCUCCCGCCGACACGAACAGCAGGAUGGGGCGGUCCGUCCUGUGCAGUCAACCCGGAUCUCUCGCCGACGCCUAGUCCUUGCAACAUCAAGAUAGACUCUGCCGCGGCAGCUAGCAUCUCCGCGUCCUUGACGGUUGCUGCUUGUAACAAUUGGUUUCGCACGGGAGUGAGCUGCCCAACCCCGUCCUCUGAGAAUGCUGCCUCGAUGCCGCGAUUUCCGGUCACCAGGGCGUGGAUCUUGGCAGUCGGUACCUGGCUCGCUUACAACAUCGCGUAG